AAAUCCCAAACCGAACACUCAAUCGUCUUCCGGCAGGCAACUUGAUUGAUAAUCUCUGCUUUCCCAAUUCUCUCGUUGGAGUGAAACCCUAAACAAAUCGCAGAGAUGCAAAACUCAAAGAUUCCACCGUUUUCUGAAGCAAAAAGAAUGAAGAUUUCUACUCCAAAACAACCCUUGAUCCAAUUACCACCAAGAAUCGGGAAAAAAGUUUCAAAUCGGAGCAAGUUUCAUGCGAUUUCACAUCAACUUGACAUGUCUCCGAAUUCAGAUUCAUCUGCAGGAAACGAGUACAGAGCACUGAGGCGUAAGUAUUUGCUGCUAGAAGAAGAUAGUUUCGCGUUGGAGAGAGAGUUAAAAGAAGCAGAGGAUGAGGUUAAAGCCCUUGAAGAUGAGAAACUUGAGCUCUUGGACAAGCUCGUUGUAAUGGAAGGUUUAGUUGAUCCUUGAUCACUUGUUUUAUCUGCCCCAUUCAUAUGUACAAACACUGCCUUAUGUAGUAAUAACAUUGUUUCUGGUUACAUAACUUAAGCUUGUUGUGUCUGGAGAAUUGGAGAUUGUAAAGAAAACUGUUGAGUUCACUUAUUGUGUCUUUCAAGUUGAUCAAUACAAUGGUCUUGGCCUCUUGGGACUAAA